AUGUCGCCGAUCAACGAUACCGUCGAUCUGGAACAAGAUGCCCGGUCCGUGGAUCAUGGCUCUGAGACGAGAAUUCCCGAUUCACCUGAAACCACAAAGAAAGAGAAGCCAGAGGAGCUGAAGCCGAGAGCCCCAGAGUCUAUACAUCACGCUGAGAUGUACGAAAUGGACAAUGGCUCUACUCAACGUGGCCUGAAAAACAGACAUGCCCAGAUGAUUGCACUCGGUGGCUCCAUCGGAACUGGGUUGUUUGUAGCGAGUGGCUCCCUUCUCGCCAUAGGUGGACCUGCUUUUGCACUUGCUUCAUACACGGUUGUCGCUAUACUCGUUUACUGUGGGGUGGUUACGGCAGUGACUGAAAUUGCUACGUAUCUUCCUGUUCACGGCGGAACAAUGUCAUACUAUGGACACCGAUACGUAUCUCGGUCCAUGGGUUUCGCUCUCGGCUAUCUCUAUUGGUAUGCCUUGGGGAUUCUAGUUCCAUACGAGAUUACUGCCGCGAGUCUAGUGAUUGGCUACUGGCCUAACAACAUCAACAUUGCGGUUUGGAUCACGAUCAUGAUCGUUGUCAUUGUUGGGUUGAACUUUCUCCCAGUGAAGCACUAUGGCGAGGCAGAAUUUUGGUUUGCCGGAUCCAAGGUGAUUCUUAUGAUAGGCCUGUUGGUGCUGUCUUUCAUUCUGUUCUGGGGUGGUGGCCCUACUCGAGAUCGACUCGGCUUCCGAUACUGGCAAGACCCUGGUGCCGCAAACCCAUUCAUCAAAUCCGGAGAUGCUGGACGCACCAUAUCAUUUUUUUACUCCUUCGUGAACUCAGUCUUUCCUUUUAGUUUCGCGCCGGAGCUUCUUGUUACCACUGGCGGUGAAAUGCAAUCACCCCGUCGGAACCUUCCCAUUGCUUCAAGGCGUUACUUCUACCGACUCAUGAUAUUCUUUGUGCUUGGAAUCUUGGCAAUAGGCGUUACAUGUCCUAGUAAUGACCCCAGACUUCUCAGUGGUCAUGCUGGUGCUGGCUCAUCCCCAUUUGUGAUUGCAAUGGUCAAUGCUGGCAUUCGAACAUUGCCCUCUAUCGUCAACGCUGGAAUCCUUAUCUCAGCUUGGUCAUCUGGCAACUCCUUCCUUUACAUUUCGAGCCGCUCACUAUACAGCUUGAGCAUUCAGGGCUCCGCACCGGGCAUGUUCAAGCGAUGCAAUCGCUGGGGAGUCCCGUACAUGGCUGUUGGGUGUUCCUCGCUCUUCUGCGGGUUGGCCUAUCUGAAUGUUGCUUCUAGUGGCGUGCAAGUGUUCAACUGGUUCGUCAGCCUGACAAACACAUCUGGAAUGAUCAGCUGGGUGUGUUGCUCGAUCAUUUACAUUCGAUUCCGCCGAGCCGUGGAAGUUCAAAAUGUGCAAUUACCUUUCACUAGUAUGUUCCAACCUUACGGCGCCUACUUCGCGGGCCCUCUUUUUGGGAUACUGUGUUUGAUCAAUGGGUUCACAGUUUUCUUUCCUGGGAGGUUCUCAGCCACAAGUUUCCUUACUGCCUAUGUUGGGAUUCCUAUAUUUCUUGUUUUGUACUUUGGCCACAGAGUCGUCAGCUGGCGCGAAAAGUGGGCUCGGUCACCGGAGGAGAUCGAUAUGAUCACGGGGUUGGAUGAGGUCCUGGGGGCCGAGGAACCGGUCAGGAAGAGGAAGGGAAUAGCAAGACUACUUUCUAUAGUUGAAUAG